AUCGCUUGAUUAAAUAAAAUAUCAAUCAAAAUGUUUAUCUGAAAUAUUAGAGAUAGUAGUAUCAUCAAAUAAUGAAGAUUCCUAUUAAUCAAGCAACAUGAGCAUGUUGUCAACGGGAAAUAGUGUCCCAGACCUGAUUGUUUUAAUUUUGUUUCUCAAAAAGGAUCAGAAAAAAUACUAAAUUGCGUUUGUGGAUAGUCAUUUUUUUUUUAUUGUGGGAAUCCAAGUCAUCCAAAUAAGACUUGCCAAGAAAGUGUAGAUCAAGUAUUUGCUUAGGCAUUGCAAGAUUAUAAAAUAUAAAAAUGUCCAAAUUGCAAAGCAAUUGUCCUGGAUAAUAAUUUUAAGAAAGAGAUCCGUACUCAUAUCCCAAAAUUUUAAUAUGGAUUAGAGCAAUACUGAAACUCUUAAUUUAUAUACUACUAUCACCAAUAUUGGUAAUUGCAGCAAUAGUAAUGCUUGCUUUUGGACUUGGAUACUUGCUAUCAAAUACUUGUUAUCUCUGUAGAUACUUCUAAAGAUGUUGCUAGACUUUAUGUAAUUGAAAUUGACUUAAUAUUAAUUGUUAAUAAUGUGA